AUGGCUAAUAUGAAUCCUGAAUAUGACUACUUGUUCAAACUUCUGCUCAUUGGAGAUUCUGGUGUAGGAAAGUCAUGUUUGUUACUCCGUUUUGCUGAUGACACUUAUACUGAGUCUUACAUUUCCACAAUUGGAGUUGAUUUUAAGAUUAGAACCAUUGAACUAGAUGGAAAGACGAUUAAACUCCAAAUUUGGGACACUGCUGGUCAGGAACGUUUCCGUACUAUCACCUCUAGCUACUACCGUGGAGCACAUGGAAUCAUUGUUGUUUACGACAUUACGGAUCAGGAAUCUUUCAAUAACGUUAAGCAAUGGUUGCAAGAAAUUGAUCGAUACGCUUGUGAAAAUGUAAAUAAGCUCUUGGUCGGUAACAAAUGCGAUCUGACGGCGAAAAGAGCUGUUGAGACUACUGCUGCAAAGGAAUAUGCUGAUCAACUCGGUAUUCCAUUCUUAGAGACUUCCGCCAAGUCCUCCACCAAUGUCGAACAGGCCUUCUUAACCAUGGCUUCCGAAAUUAAAUCGAGAAUGGGACCAGUUCAAGGUGCUGGAGGUGCUCCAGCUGUUCGUAUCAGUGGUUCUCAACCUGUCCAGGACAAGAAGGGAGGAGGAUGCUGUUAA